UACCGCUCUUAUUGCCAUCAACAUUCAGUAUAAGUAUCGCAGCUGAGUCUCUUCUUCUCCCCUGCUUAAAAUGGAAGCUGAAAGUGUUCUCCCAAAAUGGGGUUCUGAGCCUUGCAUUAUGGGAAUCGAUGAAGCUGGUCGCGGCCCUGUUUUAGGGCCAAUGGUGUAUGGGUGCUUGUACUGUCCACUUUCUUAUGAGAACACCUUGGCCUCACUUGAUUUUGCAGAUUCAAAGACUUUAAAAGAAGAGAAGAGGGAAGAGCUAUUUGAAAAUUUGAAGGCAGAUGAAAGCAUUGGGUGGGCAGUUGAUGUAAUCGAUCCGAGGGAACUUUCAGCUAAAAUGCUGAAGAAAAAUAAGAUCAACCUCAAUGAGAUAUCACAUAAUUCUGCAAUUGGUCUUGUUAGGAGGGCACUAAAUACUGGAGUCCUUCUUACAGAGGUAUAUGUGGAUACUGUCGGAGAUCCUGAGAAGUACCGGACCAAACUGAGUGAUAUAUUUCCAUCUAUAAAAUUUGUGGUUGCAAAAAAAGCCGAUAGCCUCUAUCCAGUUGUUAGUGGUGCAAGUAUUGUUGCAAAGGUCACAAGAGAUCGAGCAUUACGGAAUUGGGUGUUUGAUGAAAGCACUGAAAACAUGCAGAGGAACUUUGGAUCUGGAUACCCUGGUGACCCUCAAACAAAAGUCUGGUUGGAGCAUCACAAACAUACUGUAUUUGGGUUUCCAACAUUAGUGCGCUUCAGCUGGGGUACAUGCAAUUCCUAUUUUAAAGAUGGAAUUGAGGUGUUGUGGGAAGCAGAUGCAACAGAUGAAGACGAUUCCUCUGUGAAGACUCGAAAGAAGCAACUAAAACUGAGCAGUGUUGGUUUUACUGGUAUGAAGAGGAGCAGUGAAGAAAUUGAAUCAAGUGGUAAAGGGCGCUGCAAGUUUUUCCAAGCACGGAAACUUGAACAACUUUCUAAGUUUUGAGAAUCAAGGUUAAAUGUAUAACUUAUUAAUUCAAAUACUCAUUUUAAACAUUUUUAGUUAGAUAUUUGUCCUGUUUGUUGUGAUUUAGAUACAGAUAUUGAGUUAUGCUGAUAUUGAGUUAUGCUGAUAAAAUGUUCUCUUGAGUACACCA